UAAACAUGUGAGCGAGAGCGCAGCUCCAUGUGCAACAAUCAUGACCAAAGCAGCUCUCCUGAAACUGUUGACUUCCAUACUGAUUGUGUUUAUUAUAUGUCUCCCAGAGUUUUUUAACACAUUUGAAGGGAACACUCACAAAGUGCUAUUGUAUUGCACUGACAUAUGCUCACCCCAUCAUGAUUCACAACAGAUCACUUUAUUAAACAUGUCCCUGCCUUGGUUCUUACAAGAAGAAAGUGCCUUUUUAAAACUCUUCACAAAUGAUUCAAUAUACAGCAGCGAUGCUGGGAAAAAGUUCUGUGAAGAUGCAGAGAACAGAACAGAGAGCACCUCGGGCUGGUUUGUGUGUGGAUCUGAUAGUGACGUGGAUGAAGUCUACCAGAAGAUCUCGUCAUCGGGGUCAGAAGUGAAGACAUCUUUGGAGGUAACAGGGACAGUGCAGAACGUGCUCAUCUCACAGUAUCUGAACGUUGGUUUACAUCACAGCUCUGGAAAUGGACAGAAGACUUUCUUUUUCGUGAUGGAAACACAUGCAACUAAUAUGUCAGAGCCUUCCACUGCAAACUAUAGCUACAACAUCAGCCUUAUUAGCACCUAUAGCGAAAGAGCACAUUUAGACGUGAAAGCCAGUGACAUGAAUUUGACCAUUCAGUGGACAACUGAUCCUGAAGAUGGGUCAUGUUCCGGUUCUCAGCUUCGAGUCAUAUGGUUAACUUUGAUCCUAAUUGUGAUCCUGAUGAUAAUUACAGCUGUUUUAUUCAUGCUGCUAUUGAAAAACCAAAGAUGCAAUGUUUGUAAGCGUGGAAGAAACAACACUUCACAAACAAAUUUUGCUGUUUAUAAGAGCUUUCAAUAUCCAUUGUAUGCAAAUGUGAUGCCUGAACACUCUGGUAUAUACCAAAAUCUUUCUGCUACAUAUAGCACAAUUCAACUUGAGUCAGGGCGGGGCUCUGAUUGUACAACCCAGCAGAAAACGAUAUAUACCAACCUUAAACACCCUGUAAUAAAUGAACCAUGUUUUGAACAACGCAGGCUCCCAACAAUUCCUGAAAUGACGUGUCAAGCUUCGAAGUAACCCAACAAGCUUCUGAAUAGAGCACAUCUUCAUUCUGGCUAAAAGAACACCUUGAAAAACAAGGGUUCCAGGAAGUAACAGUAUAUGUAUUAUGCAUUAUUAUUUGUUGAUUUACUUGUAACUUUGUACAGUGCUUCAUAUACACAGUUAUACUUUAUUUAAAAGAGAGGGUAUGAAUAUUGUCAUAUGGUUGGUGUCUGGAAUAAAUACCUGCAAAUCUAGAACUUUUUAAUGUUAUUUAAGAUAUUGUUAUUAAAGUAUGUAUUUAUGACAUCUAUAUCCAUCGUGAGAUUAUAUACUGUACUGUGUAUGGUAUGGAACCAAUGCAUCUGACCUCUCAAUACAUGAAGCUACAGAUUCUUAUAAAUAUAUUUGAAUUUGAAAUUGCUACUUUAAAAUUGAAUACAGUGUGAAUAGGAUACUUUAGCAUGCUUUAUCUGUAGUUUUAACAGUUGUUAUUAGGAGUUUGUGGAAUGAGCAGGCUGCUUAUACAGUAUACAAGUGUAAAUGACAGACUUGCAUCGUUAUUUUUUAACGGUGUAAAGAUAGCUAUUUUUUUAUGCAGACUGCAUGUAUAUGAUAGACAUUGUGAAUCAGUGUUAUGUAUAUAAGGACUGGGGCUUUUGACAUGAGUGAAUGAUGUGUUCACUGUACCUGUCUAAACUUUCAACAUUAAAGAUACAUCUUUCA